AUGAAACAAGCAGUCCUGGUGCUAGCACUCUUCGGCUUCGCCGCUUGCGCCCGUCUUGACUACCUCCCCCCGGUUCGUCCUGGAGCAGGAGGUGGCGGUCCUGGUGGUUAUCCAGGAGCGACAGCGCCAGCAAGACCUGGUAGCAGAUUCCCGGGAAAUCAAGGUGGAGGAAGUGGGGGCGGAUACCAAGGCGGUGCCGGUGGAUAUCAAGGUGGAUCAGGAAGUACUGGAGGCGGAUAUCAAGGUGGUGCGGGAGGAAGUAGUGGUAACGGAUAUCAAGGAGGUAGUGGAGGAGGUUAUCAAGGGGGCGCAGGAGGUUAUCAAGGAAGUGGAGGUUUAUCAGGAGGUGGAUACAGCGGUGGUGCUGGAGGAGGAGCACCAGGAGGCGGUUUCGGAGGUAACGCGGGUUUCGGAGGAGCAGGUAGACCUGGAGCAGGAUCAGAAAUACCCAUAAUUCGAUACGAAAAUAACAACAACGGAGACGGUACUUAUAACUAUCUCUAUGAAACCGGAAAUGGUAUAAGUGCCGAUGAAAAUGGUGAUGCCAGAGGUGAUGGAACUCAAGCACAAGGCUCUUUCUCGUACACAUCCCCAGAAGGUGAACAAAUUUCAGUUCAAUACACAGCAGAUCAAAACGGUUUUCAACCACAAGGAGCCCACCUCCCAACUCCCCCUCCAAUUCCUCCAGAAAUCCAAAGAGCCAUCGAUCAAAACCUCGCUGACGAAGCCAGGGGUAUCGUAGAUGACGGCCAAUACAAACCAGGUCCAGAUGAAGGUCAAGGAGGAUAUGGAGGUCAAGGAGGAUAUUCUGGAGGUGCUGGCCAAGGAGGAUACUCAGGUGGUGCUGGCCAAGGAGGAUACUCAGGUGGUGCUGGCCAAGGAGGAUACUCAGGUGGUGCUGGCCAAGGAGGAUACUCAGGUGGUGCUGGCCAAGGAGGAUACUCAGGUGGUGCUGGCCAAGGAGGAUACUCAGGUGGUGCUGGUCAAGGAGGAUACACAGGUGGAGCUAGCCAAGGAGGAUACUCAGGUGGAGCUAGCCAAGGAGGAUACUCAGGUGGUGCUGGUCAAGGAGGAUACUCAGGUGGGGCUGGUCAAGGAGGAUACUCAGGUGGGGCUGGCCAGAAAGGUUAUUCGGGAAGUGCCGGUCAAAGAGGAUAUUCUGGUAGUACGAGUCAAGGAGGUCUAGGUGGUAGAGGACAGGGUGGAUAUUCUGGAAGUAGCAUUGGAGGUGGUGCUGGAGGGCGAGGUGGAUAUAACCAAGGUGGUAGAGGAGGAUCUGGUGGUGCUCCUUCUGGUUUAUACGGUACUCCAGGUACUGGAUCCGGACAAAAAGGACCCGACGUUGUAGAUGAAGACAAAGCUCCUUCUCAUACUUCAGUAAUCGGCAUGGCUAAAAUUCUCGAAUUAGCCGACCACCCCUCGUAUUCUGCCCACAGUGACUUUUUCCUGGUUCCCAACCUUAAAAAUCCACUUGUGUUAAGUGAUAUAAAUAUCAUCAUGAGACAAUUCAUCGUGUUGUUUGCCAUCAUUGGAUACAGCAGCUGUGGUCGUUUGGAUAACAACUACGCCCCAUCAAACUUAAAUCAAUAUUCUAGUAAUGCAGAUGUUAACGGACCACCUGGACCAAUCGACAAGGCAGCUAACGACGUUCCUAUCCUAAGAUUGGACAACGAUAACGACGGGGAAGCUUACAACUUCGCUUUAGAAACAGGAAACGGUAUCACUGCUCACGAACAAGGAGAUACGAAGCAAGGUGGAACCAACGCUCAAGGUGGUUACUCGUACACUGCCCCAGAUGGUCAACAAGUCGCCGUUCAAUACGUAGCUGGUGAAAACGGUUUCGUCGCUCAAGGCUCCCACAUCCCCACAGCUCCACCGGUACCAGCCGAAAUCCAAAAAGCACUCGAACAAAACUUGGCUGACGAAGCUAGAGGUAUUGUAGACGAUGGACAAUAUAGAGAAGAAGGAGAAUCUGGUAGAUACAAUCACGGCGCCAACCAUCAGGGAUUCGCCGCUUACAGAGAACAAGCUAAUGGAGCUAAAAACCAAUAUGUACAAUCUAACUACUGAUUAUUGUAGUAUU